AGUCCUUUGGCCCAAGCGGUUGAGCUCAAGUCCGAGCUGGGAAGGCGGCGCCAUGGUGUCCGAGGAAACCGAUUUGGACGUGGUCAAGCAAUGCAUUGAAAUGAUCGAGCAGGAAGCUUUGUCAUUGAUGGGGGAGAGAACUGGGCUUGAAGAAGGUAAGUUCAAUGAGGUCCUCUCAGCUUUGGGCUGCGAGUCUGCACCGAAAACCAGCCCAGAGAACCUUCAGGAUAAGCUUUCUUUGUUGUCCAAAGGUAUGCACCUCCUCUCUGAGCAGAUUCAGGCCAAGACAGAGGAACUGAAGAACGUGGAAGCUGGGCUCGAAGCCUCUCCCGCUCGGUCGCCCGACUCGAACCGUGGAGACCGGCGGAUUCGCUACGAGGAGCCUGCCAGUCCGGAGCCCAGCUUGUUACCGCCCACCCCAGAGAGACCGCGGACUGCCACGACCAACGUGCCGAAUCCGCGAAGCGUGGAGCCUGAUGUCCGCUGCGAUGACCUUCCAAGCACCUCGCCAGCCUCACCGCAGCACACUUCGGCGCCAGAGGAGGCGCCGGAAGCACCCGGCUUGAGCCCUUUGCUGUAUGCGGAAACCUUGGCCAAGCUUGCCCAGUCUCACACGGAUCUUAAGCAUCGGAUUCUAAGCUUGGAAGCAGAGAACCGCCGUUUGCAGGACGAGGCCACGCUGCGCUCCAUGGAGGAGCAGAAUCGCCUGGCGCAGAUCCAGUCGCUGCUUCGGGGCGACUUCGAGGCCUCCAGCCGACCGCAGACGGCAAGGUCCAAGCUGAUGUCAAAGACCAGCUCAGAAGCUUCCAGAGUCUCUCGUCGUAGCUCCACUCCCCAGCCAGAGCCUCCAUGGCGGAGCACGACCUACACCCGGCCGCCCUGGGAAGCUCCGCGCACCUCCGCGCCUCUCCGCCGCGCCACCUCGAGCCGGUCCGAGAGCCGCCCCGAGAGUCGCCCCGAGAGCCGCCCCGAGACGCGGUCGGCGACCGCGGCGGCGUCCUCCGCGCGGCGGAGCGGUGUUCUUCCGCGGUCGCGGAGCGCUUCUGCGGAGAGGAAGGAGCCAAAGGAAUCGAAGGAGUCCAAGGAGUGGAAGGAGUUGAAGGAGUUGAAGGCGGCGCCUGCAAGGGUGGACACCGGCUUGGGGCGUGGAACUCCACCAGCCACGACCAUGAGCUCCUCGUUACGUUCCACGAACUUGUCACAGUCCAUGCGCUCUGCAGCUCAGGCUCGUGCCGCUUCACCUCCCCGUGGUGCUUCACCCUCACGUGGAGCCUCACCCCGUGGCGAGUGGCCGCGCGGCACCACGUCGCCGGUCGCGGGCGGUGCCUCGUCGGCCCGUGUGGGGGGCGCUGCCUCGCCGCGGAGGCCACCGAGCCUGGUGCGAACUGAUGCAGCCAGGUGUUCGACGCCCACUGCCCCGAGUUCGAGGCCAAGCUCUCCUCGAAGAUUCAAUGAGAAGGAACUCCCUCCUGGCUGGCGGCAGAUGGUGGCCUACGCCUAUUGCAUGGAGACCGGCCGCCCUUUCGUGGAUCGACUCCAACUGCUGGACUUUACAAGCACCAAGAAGAGCGACGGACACAUUCAUUGGGUGAAUGUGCGGCUUCGGUGGGGCGACCUGCGGAUUACCGAGCAGGGCCGUGUGCCCAAGCGCGGGGAGGCAUUGGUGCUCUUUGUCUUGCAAGGCAGUGGUGCACCUAAGGCUGAGUGGCUGAGCAAUGGUCGUCGCUCCGUGCCAAAGGCCAAGGGUAAACCCAAAGCUGUCAGCAAAGGUGACAAGGUCACCUGGCAGGUGACCUCUCUCAGGGUCUUGCGCAACUUGCCCUUCCAGGAACAGGUGAGCACCGUGCUUUUGGCCAAUGUGGGUGUGCAGCUGCUUCAUUACGCCUUGCAGUUCGUGCCACCCAGGCGCUGCAGUCACAUGGUCUAUCCACCGAGCUGGUCUGCUGGAGCUCAACUUCAAUCAGCUUCUAGUAGCUAUAACAGUUUGUGAGGGUGACCCAGUGACCUACCUGACUUGCAGAGUAGAUGCGUUUCCGGCAGGAAGAUGGUGUGAUCCGUCAAUUGGUCAAAGCCAUCUACUUUGCAAGUAGCCCAGUUCAGCAUGGCAAGACGCCCCCUGAUCACGUAGAAAGCCUUCGUGAACAUCACGUUGGAUGGAUGAGAGUUUGCCCGCGCAUGCGGGAGGGGCGAAUGCCGGCGGACCAAAUCUCAUUUGAUAUCUCCAAGCUGGUUUGCUGGUUUCACAGCUGGGGACACAUGGGAGUCAAGCUGACAGAAAUGAG